AUGGCCCCAAAAAGCCGCUACCACAGACCAGAAGCAUCGGGUUUCCCGAUUGGAAAGGAAUCCAACGUAACUCAUUACAACUCGCUCCUCUCUACCCCGAGAAACCCCGCCAAAAGUGCCCCAGGAUCAGACGGUGCCAUGGGGAGAAAAGUGAAUUCAGUCACCCGCCUAUGCAAAGAAUGGGGAACUGCCGGCGACACACCAAUCACAGGCUGA